AUGUCGCUGCGGCAGCGCCCACUGCAGGCCAGUAACUCCACUAGUCGGACGACAUUCGAACCACCGGGACAGCCGACUAACCCGACUCAGCCCAAUUGCCACCCUUUCACCCCUCCUCCUCGGAAAGGAAUCCGCCUCAACCGCAUCCUGGGUAGAAUCGUCCCCAUCAUCCUUCUCAUCUACAUCGCUUUCGCUUAUGAUCUUGUCGUUGUCCGCUACGCACAUCGUCACUUAUACCUCCAACGCCGGCGAACUCUCUUGCCCAUAGUUUGGCUGCUCCCGGCACACGGGCUCUUUCUUUGGUCUCUACGAGCGUAUCUUCGCGUUUUUUUCGCUCACUCCCCUCAAUAUACCAACAAGUGUAGCGGCUUGAUAUCAUGGCUACGCACAAAUUUCGGAGCUGCGUUCCCAGACCCAGACGAAGCGCAGCAACUCGAGCAACAACGUCUCAACACACUCGCAACCUCCCUCUCCAAUACUGAAGUAAAGAUCGAAUUAUGUCAGGCUGAUGGUCAGCCCCUUCGAUGCUGGAGAGACAACUGCCGAGCAAGACUCAAAGCGUUUCGUAUGCGGCACUGCGGAGACUGCGGAACCUGUAGGGUGGGGUUCGACCAUCAUUGUGCGUGGUUCGAUAAUGACGUUACUGCGCCAGCGACACUGAGGGCGUUCGUUGCAUUCUUGGUGUCGAUUCCUCCGUUGUAUGUGAUUGCUUUCGGUCCGCUCUUUCCGUCAGCUUGGCAGACUUUGAAGCAGAUCAAGGAUUUUACAGCUAGCGAUGCUGUAAUACGGUCAAAGUGGUAUAACAAGUGGUACAGCUGGAUUGGAGGCCCGGCUUUUCGAUGGAUCGUCGGGUACGCGUUGCGGGCAAAACGAUGGCCGAAAUCGAGCAAGGAUAGAUGGCCGCAUGAAUCGCCACGUACGCCAGUAUUAGUUGCACUUGGAGCUGUCUUUGUGUUCGUUGCAACGGCUCUGGCUGCUUCCUCGCUCACACAGCUCAGGAAGGGGAUGCUCACUGUCGAUUUGGAACGAGCGAAAGCGUACGGCAAACUGCGGCUGCAGAUGGAGAAGCUCGAGAAGCUGACAAAUGGAUCAGACGUCGAAAAGUUGACGGCAAUGAGGCAGAAGAUGGAGACUCUAUCACCAACGCAGUACUUCAAAGUCUCGACGAAGGACAAAAAUUCAGGCGAGGAGAAGGAGAGUAUUGUCGCGCUGUCACCAGAGGAAGGACUGCUGUCUCGUGGUUCUGCAUGGGCUAACAUCGGACGCCUCCUGGGCCUCAAGCAAGCUUCUUCGUCAGAUGGACCAGCUUGGUUGCUCUCCGAGCCAGCAUUGCGGAAGAUCUUACAAGCUGCGGCCCUCCUUCCUCGGGAAAACUCAAAUUAG